AUUCAUUUGCCUUUCGCAUUAUCAAGCAACCUCAGAACGCAUCGCCAUUUGCGUGUAGAGCUGACAUGCGUGGCAACCUCUUCUUGUGGAUCACAUCCUCGCUAUGUGCGUAUGUCGCCCAUGCCACCAGUACGUCCGGGUUUUGUAACGACCGCAAUGCAACCACCCCCGUCGUGAAAGGCGACCAAACGUACAUCUGCAUCAACAUCAACGACCAAUACCGCGCUGUGUUUGCUCCUGUCGUGGACCAAUACGUUCAGCUGCGGUUGUAUGAAUCGUACACCGAUACCCGGAUCCGUCCGACCAAUUCGUCUGCCGCCGCGUACAUGACCAUCUCCAGCAUGUCGUCUCGAUCUGUGUACAAGCAGUACACGACCGCCAAGGGGAAAGCAUACCCGAUUCUCACCGCCGUUGUGUCGGUCAAGCAGGGCGAGGUGCAAGGCAUUUCGUGGGAUGAUGGAUGCUAUCUCUGCGAUUCCACGACAUGUGAGGCGAACUUGUAUUCAACGCCGGCGAUUCCGUUGUACAAUUCGGCCUUCGGCGAUGGCAGCACAUGCUACAAGGAGUCUCCAGAGUGCCUCAACACCACUGGACUGUGCGACCUUGCGGUAUAUGUCGGAUGGACGGGCACCGAUGCCAACGGGAAUUACCUCAGCAGCGCCGGCAUGCGCAUUUCGCAGUUCCAAAAGUACUCUGUGAAUUCGUACUUUACCGAUUUCAAGACCAAACUGUCAUCGCUGUUGCCUCGGUUGUAGGCAUGUCAAUAAGAGAGAAACCAAAACGAGAGUAGUUCUUGUGUCAUCAAGUGUUGGUAGUGCAUUUGUGUUUGCGGCAGCGUCAUCGACAGCAUCGCGGAAGACUAGACGUUGGACUUGUCGACAAUCGUACACAGUUUUUCGUCAUCGAUAUUUCGCGGCAUCAAGCGCAUCUCAUCCUACAAGCACAUUAUUAUGACGCUCCUUGUGGAGAAUGAUUCCGCCAAUGUCGGCGUGCGCACCCGGUACAGUGGCUUUGUGUAAGAUACAUCGUCCGUAGCAGUGUCGACUUGGAAAGUCCGGCCGUUGCGCUCCGAAUACUUGCGAUAACCCACGCCGCACCAUCUUCCAUCGCCGUGGCUUCAACACUCACGCGUUCAGCUCGCAGCCGCCGAAGCCAUGACUGAUGUACGCCCCUGACAUGCUUGCCAUGCCAGCUUUACAGCGA